AUGGGCUCCAAGGCUAUUCUUCUCUUUGACGUUGAUGGCACCCUCACGCCGCCGCGCAACCCGGAAACCCAUGACAUGAAGGAGGCGCUGUUGAAGGCUCGUGCAGCUGGGUUCAAGCUUGGCGUCGUCGGUGGCUCCGACUUUGCCAAGCAGAAGGAGCAGCUGGGCGAGUCGAUUCUGGAGGACUUUGACUAUGUGUUUUCCGAGAACGGUCUAUUGGCCUACAAGGAUGGCAAAGAGUUUCACCGCAACAGCUUGCUGAGGGCUCUUGGGAACGAGAAGGUUGUGGCAUUUGUAAAGAAGUGUCUGCACCUCAUCGCCGAUUUGGACAUUCCAGUGCAGCGCGGCACGUUUGUGGAGUUCCGCAACGGUAUGUUCAACGUAUCUCCCAUCGGCCGCAACUGCUCGCAGCAGGAGCGUGAUGAGUUCGAGAAUCUCGACAAGGAGCGCCACAUCCGUGAGAAGCUCAUCAGGGAGCUCAAGGAGGCCUUCCCUGACUACCAGCUUGCCUAUUCCGUAGGUGGUCAAAUCAGUUUUGACGUCUUCCCAAAGGGGUGGGAUAAGACUUACUGCCUUCAGUUUGUUGAGAAUGACUUUGAAACCAUUCACUUUUUCGGUGAUAAGACGUCAGAGGGCGGCAACGAUUAUGAGAUCUUCACUGAUUCUCGCACAAUCGGUCAUUCUGUGAAGACAUAUAAGGAUACAAUUGCGAUUCUUGAGGCACUUCUCGAGGAUUCGCGGUGA